UCAAGGUCUGAAUCAUUCUCCCUAAUGAAAGUCAGAGUUUCAGGUAAAUACCUUUUAAUUUAAGUGUAAAACCAGACACAUUGGUCUAAAGACAAACAUUCAAAUUGCUGCGGAGGAUGUCAUGGGGCUUUUUGUGUAUAUUGUGGAGUGAUGAAAAGAAACGCGGUAAAGUAUCGUAAUUGGAUACCAAAGAUUUUAAGUGACAACAUACAAAGGAGUAAAUCAAACUUUUUCGUUUUCAACAUUCGAAAGCAUGCACAUUCGAGCAUUUAAAGUGCUCAUAAACACGGAAGUUAAAUUUGAACAAGGAUAAUUAGAUUUUAUUGGAUAAGACUUUAUCUGAAAUCGCAAAACCGGAUUUCAGAAUGAGAUUAUCCUUGAUAUGGAGAAUGUUUGAAAACACAAAAUGAAUGUAUUGAAUUGUGUUAUAGGGUUUAUCUUUUGUUUUGGAGUAACUAAGAAAGGUCAGGGAGUUUUUGUUUCACAAAAUAAAACGAAAUGGAACGAAUCAACAUGCACUUUGGCAGAACCAGACAUUAUCUGCAGGGAUGAUGGCUCAUGCAUUGUUGAAAAUGGUUUGGAUUUUCUUACAAAUGUAGAUGAUCAAGACAAUGGAUUUUGGAUUGGGUUUGCUAAAACAUGGAUUAGUUAUGCUUAUGUUGGAUGUAACCAAUUGCAUGCUGGAAGCGAAUAUUCUGUGUCAACUCUUGGGGAAUGCAGACGUACAUCAGGUUGCCAGACGUUUGGAAUAAGAAACUCAACAGCGGGAUUAAGAUGUAAGUGUGCCAAUAACAGCAACGUGUAUUUGGGAACAUGCAGAAGAAAAUGCGAAGAGGCGGAUCAAUAUCCAUGUGGCGACACUUCCAACACAACAUUGUUUUCACUUUAUACAGUUGAAAAUGUUCCUCCGAGCAACCAUUCACAAGACAGAGACAAAAACUGUCUACUGUUCUACUACAGGGGUGCAAAUGACUAUUUUUGGCAGCUGUGCAAUUUAAACACCACACCAGGGCUAUUAUGCAGUGACAAAGAUUUUUCAAAACUAAACCAAAUGGCGCAAUCAUAUUAUUCAAGUAAUCAACAAUGGGCCAUGGCUAUCGAGAACUGCUUCGUCGGAAAACAAUUCCCUGCGACGAUACAAAGUAUUCAAAAUGCGAAGUUCACAGAACAGAACGCCCAGAACUACUGGACAGGAAUACUAAAAAAAGAAUCAAUUAUGUCAAAGACUGACAUGUCAGAUAUUAGCACCAAUCCACCAAUGGCGUUUGCAUAUGUGGAGCAGAAAAAACAGACCUUUUACGUCAGAUUUGCUAACGAAGGUGACUCGAAAAGAAGCCUGUGUUCAGGAGAUAACGACAAGUUCAGUAAGUGUGAGGUUGAGCUUUCCUUAACUGAUUAA